AUAAAUUAUGAAAUGAAAUUUUUUGUAUUGCUAGUUUACAUUUGCUUGGCUCUCAAGUGCGGGCACCCGAUAAACCUAAAAAAUUACUAUACUUCCACAACGCCUUUCUCUUCAGCCGAUCAUGAAAUUUCAUUUCCGGCUUGCGCAAAUUGUUCAAGUGAAAAGAACUUUCGUACCAACACUGAUUUUCAUUGCCACUUCGAAGAUGACUCGGCCAUUGAGGAAAAUUUUGGAAAAUGGACAAAUAGUUAUCCGGACUGCCUGCCAGACCACUUUAUUGCAACUCGGAAAAUAAAAGCGUAUUGCUGCUUUUGGUCACCGAAAUUGGGAUGCUCUGCGCUGAUCGGAAGGAAGUUCUACGAUAAGAAAAUAUAUAGCUGCAAGACUUGCAGACGAUUUUGCAGCGCAACUAAGCAAACCUAUGUCGAUGAUUCGGAUGGAAGUGAUAAGGUCUCGGAAUCCUACGGAUUCUCAGUUUUAUUGGCCUUUCUGCUACUCAGCAUAUACUAGGAUAAUCUAUAAUUGCACAGUAGAAUGGGAUGGCCAUUUUUAUAUAAUUUAUAUUUUUGGACCCAUCAAAUUAACCAUAACAAACAGCAAAUAAAAGGGUAUCUUUUUAAUUC